ACAGGAAGGUUUUAAUUGCAGCUUUUCCAAACAGGUUAAGCAACUUUCUUGAAGUAAACCACGUUUAAAAUAGUUAGACUUUGGUCACGCAAGACAGGUGUAGGAUCAUUUUAGAGACGGAGAAAAGGAGGCAGAACAGACCAUGUUAGUUUGCUUAAAGCCACACACCGUUCUCAGUGUUGUUCAUGAAAAUAGAACAUGAUGCUCUUCUUUCUCUUCAUUCUCUUUGGAGUCCUCUCCUGCACUUCAAGCCAAAUGUAUAGGGAAUAUCACUUCAUAAACGUAAAUAAGAACUGGACUGAGGCUCAGAGUUUCUGCCAGGCGAUGUACACAGAUCUGGCAACUGUAAAUAAUAGAGAUGAGAUGAACAGCUUGCACAAAAACAUAUCUGAUGUGUCACAAGAUAUGUAUAUUGGACUUUAUAGAAGUCAAGUGUUCAAAUGGCAUUGCUCAGUGACAGAUGGUUUCUUCAGUGGAGGGGGUUCAGUUUUUGAAAACUGGAAACCAACAAUUUCAGAUGGAAAUCACGAGGGCUGUGCCGUAAUGGAAAACAAUGGGAAGUGGAUUAAUGAUAGCUGUGAUUCACAGAGACAGUUUGUUUGCUUUAAUGCAACAGCCACUGAAAAGUAUAUUUUGAUUGAGGAAAACAAGUCCUGGAGGGAGGCCCAAGAAUAUUGCAGAACCUUCCACACAGACCUCGCCUGUCCCAAGGUCUCUUCAGAAAAUCAGGAUAUCAAGAACACCGCCAAGAAAGAAGUGUGGAUUGGACUAUUUAAAGACUCUUGGUCAUGGUCGAAUCAGAGCAACACGUCCUUCCGUUUCUGGAACUCCAGUCAGUCGAACAGUGUGAGCAAAGGCCUGGACUGUGCUUCAGUGAUGGUGAACCAAUCAGGGAGAUGGAAUGAGGUCUCAUGUAAUGUCUCUCUGCCCUUCAUAUGUCAUGGUGAUCUGAAAUCUCAACCAACCACUGAACCAGUUACACUACCAGCAGGCGGUCAGAAUCUGAACACAUCACCCUCAGCACCUUCAUACAACUUGAUUCUGGUCAAGGAGAACCUGACAUGGAUGGAAGCUGUGAGUUACUGCAGAAAACACCAUGUGGACCUGGUCUCCAUUCAUAGCCAAGAGCCUCAGGACCGGACAGCAAGAAAGGCCACCGAGUCCAACACCUCUUACGUAUGGAUGGGUCUUCGUUACACGUGCAAUUUUCACUUCUGGUUCUGGAUAAACAACAGAGAAAUGGGCUGCUACCAGAACUGGGCGCCCGGCCAUGGGCCACAUGGUUUUGAGGAGUGUGGACUGUCAGGAGCUAUGGAGUCCACCGGGGGGCACCGUUGGGUAGGGAGACCAGGGAGCGAUAAGCUUAAUUUCAUCUGCUAUACUUGUGCCAAUUCAUGUGCUAGUGGUGUAACAAUAGAAAACAAGAACACAGGUUGUGUAUAGCUGCUUAUAUGGUGUGAUAUGCCACAAUGUAAUAGAAAAUAUGCAAUAAAAUGCAUACAGUAUAAUAAAAAUAAAAAAGUAUUUUGGGAACAUCAUGAGAUCAGAUUUAUUUAAAAGGUUUGGUUUUAUUAUUUCAUAUUAUAUUUAUAACUUGCUAAUAUAGUUUGAAGACCUAAUUUUUGGAACUUCAAACACUUAAAAUACAAGCACUAUAAAUGCGCAUAAAAUAUAAAAUUCUAUUGUAAUAUUGUACACAUAAAGCCAAGGAAAACAUUAAGAGACCAUUUCAAAAUUAUUUUGAGUUUUUCUGAAUUUACUAUUUAUAUGUAUGUGUUUGGGUAAAAUUAUAUAUAUUUUUAUUCUAUGUAUAACUACCAACAAUACUUUUCUCCAAAAUUAAAAAUAAGAUUGUUUCUAUUUAAAAAUAUUGUUUUUACAGAAAAUAAAAACCGGAGAAAGAGGUCAAAAUAACAGAAAUGUUUCUAAUUUCAGACCUCAAAUACAAAGAAGUUCAUAUUCACUUUUAAGCAAUACAACAGUUAUGUACAUGUAUUUAGGAAAUGUAAAAAGCAUGUGAAUUAUUUUAUGAGUGCUUUUAUUUUGAUCAAUUUUCAUUUGUCUUGUCAUGCUGUCAGUCUUUCACAUUGCUGUUGGAUGACUUUGUCACUCCUGAGGUUUGACACUGUGUUUGACACUGGACUGGAAUGGCCAUAAUACAUCUAGAAACGUAAUUUAAUGAAAUCUAGAAUGGUCUCUUUAUUAUUUAUCGCGUAUAAUUGCCUUUACGUUUAAUUGUACAUAUUAAAAAGCACAAAUUUGUCUCUUA